AUGGUUUCAAACAAUACUGUUCCGAUGAAGUUAGAAAGUUCUGACAGAAGAUAUGUAGUUGUCAGAACGUCAGAUUCUCAUAUGCAAGAUACAGAAUAUUUUGACGACUUAGCAGAAACUUUGACAUCUGACUUUUACAACCACUUGUUCUCAUACUUUAUGACAUUAGAUAUUUCUAAGUUCAAUCCAAGACAAAUUCCACAUACCGAAGAGAGACAAACAUUGUUAGAAGCAAACAAGAGUGUAUAUGAACUGUUCAUAGAUGAAACUGACUUUGAGUGUUUAGAUGAAAGGUCAUUGUACGAUUCGUAUAAACAAUAUUGUCAAGAAUAUGGUUAUAUGGCAGCUUCUAAACGAACAUUCUUGGCAAAUGUCAAAAGUCUUUUAGAUGUUCAGAAUGGUGUAUAUACAAAGAAAAAUUUUUCUGAGUAA